AUGGCGCUGGAAGACUCAUCCGACGACGAGUACUGGGGGUCUUAUACCACGGCCCCACAGGAGAGAUUCACCAUUCCGCAAUUAACCCAACCUUGCCGGCCCGAGCGGCCAUGGCUGGAUCAACGAGACUCUGAGAACUUGGCUGAAGGCGGGUUGCCUGAGAAAGAGGUCUGGGGCGGAAGCUCUUUGUCAACAACAUGCUCCCAGGAUGCGACCGAGAUGCAGGCAGAUGCGGUCAUUUCUGUCGAGAAUCGCACGUUCACGCUUCAUGACCUGCUUGGGUUCGGGAGUUUUGGCUCCGUUUGGAGGGCAAGCUGUAUUGCAUCUGGGAAAAUCGUUGCCUUGAAGGAAGUAAGGAGCUCCUCUCACGAUGCAACGGAGGCCGCCAUGCUGGAGGCACAGCGCCUUCGUGCCCUUCGGAAUGUAAUCGAGGAGGAUGACACAGCCUGUGCGGCUUUACCAUUCCUGCUGUGUGCCGGAACAGUUGUCACCAGCACAGAUCACCGCACGCUCCUAGUCAUGGAGCACAUACCAGGAGCACCUUUGCAACAGGCCCUGGAGGCCGGGCAGCUGUGCGCUGGCAGGAUGCACCCACUGGCACAGGCAUUCAGAGUUGCUGGACAAAUGCUCAGCCAGAUUUCGGCUGCUAUGUUCCACGUGAGCAAGUGCUUCUUUCAUCGGGAUGCCAACCCUCACAACAUCAUGGUUCAGGUCAUGACAGGGAAGUUCAGGUUUGGCUUGAUUGACUUCGGCCUGGCUGUGGAUUCUGCACAGUGGAGUGCCGGCGGCUGGCGCACUGCAGGGGCUGCGGGUGACGGACGAUUUUGGACAGAAUCCUCCUGGUUGCUCUUCUCGCACGGUUCAGAGGCCCUUGCAAUUGCCGAGGAUUUGCAGUCAGAGUACGCUUGCAUGAUCGAUCUUCAUUCUGCCGGCCUGAGCGUUUUGCAAACGCUACUCGUCCUCGCAUUCGGAGAGGAGGGUUCCCUGGUGGCAACGAUGUGGAAGGAAGAGGCUGAAGUCUUUCUUGCCUUGGAGUCGCUAGUAAAUGUGUGGAAACAGUAUUGGCGAUAUGCUUCCGACAAGUGGCAGGAAGUGCUAGAUGCCUUCAACCAAGAUGCUCGGGCCGAUGUGAAGUCAAAGCUUGCCCAGGAGCUGGCCCACAGCGUCUUUGGUGCGUACUUCCACCGUCUCAGAGCCGCUCUAGAGCAGGUGCUCGCCUCGCUUAAGAGCUUCUGUGCAAAUCCAGGUGGUAGUUGUCAACUUGGCAGCGCCGACCUGGCCUUGAGGGUGAUUGAGGCGCUGCUCCUGAUGAUUAGCGCUGGCAGGCCUCGGAGAGGCCGUGCUGGCUGGAAAGAGGUGAAGGAGCUUUUUGCCGAGGUAUAG